GGCCCCAGUCACUCCAGAUUGGAAUAUCUUCAUUCGCAAAUUGUACUGGCCUGGAUGUACAGGUGAAAAUUGAGGACACUGUGGCACAGAUCCAAGCACGAACAGCCGAUGGCGUCGAUGUAGUACUGCCUGCCAUGGCAGAUGGAUGGUACAACCUUUCUGUCAUCAUCAAUGGCAUUGCCAUCGGCUCACAUGGAGUUGAUCCGUUCAUCCAGUACAACACUGAGAUCCUCAGCAUAGAGCCCUGCUGUGGCUCCGUUCUGGGUGGAACAAUCCUCACAAUCUCUGGAAAAGGCUUUAGCCAAAACCCUACCCUGGUUUCAGUCUUUAUAGGCACGCAAACCUGUGAUGUUACCCGCUUGGUGGAAGAGACAAUAUGGUGCCAGACCCCACCGGCUGCUGACUUCUCUAAUAUAGAGUCCCAGGACAUCUCUGUACUUGUGGGGGUGUUCAUUGGUAACAGAUCCUCUCCACUCCUUCCCUCCUGGAGCUUCCCAAAGAGGAAUAUCACCUUUACUUACCAGAUGGCUUUGACUCCGGUAGUUACCUCUGUGGAAGUAAAAAUGAUGAAUGACAGCCUGUGGCUGGACAUAGAAGGAAUAAAUAUAACUGGUUCAGUGGCUAAGCUGGGAGACUCUGAAUGUGAGCUGGAGUUUCAAUCCGACAAUGAAUCCACAACCCUUUCUCAAUGCUCCUUCCCACUGAGCACUCUGGAACCUGGAAUCUAUCCCGUCAGAGUUCUCCAGAAGCAGCUGGGCUAUGCCAACAUGACGGCAGCCCUGCAGAACUUUACAUUAGUCCCAGAGGUAAAGGCCAUAAUUCCAUCACAAGGUUCAGCUUGUGGUGGGCUGUUGUUCACUAUAUCCGGUCUUGUUCUAAAAUCCAGGAGGAAUUCAGUUCGUGUGAGCCUGACGGGUAACUAUACUUGUGAGAUCCACAGUGUGGAUUACAACAGGAUCAGCUGUGCUCUUCGUCCAAGGGAACCUCCUCUGGAUGACUGGUGGUUGCCUGAUGCCUCUCAAGCCCUUAAUGUCACAGUGACGGUAAAUGGAAUUCAGAGUGUCUGCCUCACAGACUGUGCACUCCACCUUCUGAAAGAGUGGACCCCUAAGGUAGAUGCUGUGGUCUGGGAGAUCAAUGGGACAUUGUCAUCUCUGCUGAUCAGAGGCCAGAGAUUAGCUUUGGCAACUGAUGAACUUGUGAUACAAGUGGACAACCGUGACCCUUGUAACGUAACUUUCUGGAAUGAGACCAGCAUACAAUGCCAGACAGGCAGCCUUUCCCCAGGGCAGCACAGCCUUUCUGUGUCCAACAGAAGAAGCGGGCAUGCUUGCUUCAGCAGGGACUCCCGUAUCUUCACCGUCAUUCCUUGGGUGCUCAAAUUUUACCCCCAAAAUUUCAGUACCAAUGGCGGGGGCCUUCUUGCCAUACAAGGGGCAGCACUGAAAGGAAGGAACAGCACUUCCGUUCUUGUUGGGAACCGACCCUGCCUCAUUACAGAUGUCAGCUAUGUGGUUCUCCGGUGCUCUGUUCCUCUGGGCAAUGGGAUCCAUGCUUUAGCUCUAGAAAUAGAUGGCAUCUUGUACCACCUUGGUGAAAUAAGUUACAGUGAAGAGUUCACCCCUAUUUUCCUUUUCCUUCUGCCUCCGGUGGGUCUCCUUUUAACAAUGACCGUGUCACGGAUCACAGGGGUGGAAAGCAUGCACAUUUCCAUUGGGGUCUCCCCCUGCACCAACAUCACUGGCAAUCACACCACUUUGCAAUGCUCGGCUCCCCGGCUUCCUGCUGGAGAAUACCGAGUCCUCGGCGGCGACUUCCUCCGAGGCUGGGCUUCAUCAAACUUGACAUUCACCUCUCAGUUUACUGUCACAUCGACACGCAACAACUGGGGUGGCCUGGGUGGAGGGGCAGUGCACGUGCACGGCACUGGGUUUGCUCCAGGAAACACCUCCGUAACCAUCUGUGGCGCUCCCUGUGAAACGCUAGGUGACACCACGACGACCGAUGUGAGCUGCCUUGCCCCGCGCUUGGACGCGUCCUUGGCCGUUCUCUGUGGCCUGACCCAUCCUUCAGAAGACUGCAAAGGAGCUGGGACCACAUACAUCCAGUGUGACGUCCAUAUCACAGCAGGAGCAUACAGCCUAGCAGGAGCCAGGCCUUACAUAUACCUGUGUGACGACAACUCUCUGCUGGAUAACAGGACAAAAGUCAACUCACCCCAGGCGCUUUUUGCUGGCCUCUUUUUCAGCCCUAAAGUGGAAAGAGAUGAAGUUCUCAUCUAUAAUAGCUCCUGUAACAUUACCAUGGAAACUGAGGCAGAGAUGGAGUGUGAGGGAGCUAAUCAGCCAAUUACCGCCAAGAUUACUGAGAUACGGAAAAACUGGGGCCAGAACACUCAG